AUGGCCACUACUACUGCUCCAGUUACUUCAGACGUUCCUGAACCAUUUCAACCAAAGAGUUAUGUUGGUUUCAGUACCAUCACAAACCAAAUUGAACAUCGUUUAUUAAAGAGAGGUUUCCAAUUUAAUAUCAUGGUUGUUGGUCAUUCAGGUCUUGGGAAAACCACUUUGGUUAAUACUUUGUUUGCCUCUCACUUAACUGAAUCUUCUGGAAGAAAAUCUGCCGAUGUCCCUAUUGAAAAGACUUCUGAGAUUAAGGUGACCUCCCACACUUUGUAUGAAGAUAACGUGAAAUUGAACAUAAACUGCAUUGACACUCCAGGUUUUGGUGAUCAAGUUAAUAAUGACAGAUGUUGGGAACCAAUUAUUGAGUAUAUCAAAAAGCAACAUUCCCAAUACUUAAGAAAAGAAUUAACUGCGCAAAGAGAAAGAUACAUCAAAGAUACUAGAGUCCAUGCUGUUUUGUACUUUAUUCAACCAAAUGGCCAUGGCUUGAGACCUUUAGACAUUGCGGUGUUGAGAAGAUUAUGUGAAAACGCUAAUGUUAUUCCAAUCAUUGCAAAGGCAGAUUCUUUGACUAUGGAAGAAAAGGCAAAGUUCAAAAAGAUUUUACAAGAUGAAUUUGCUUACCAUAACUUCAAUAUUUACCCAUAUGACUCGGAAGAUUUAUUAGAGGAAGAAAAGAACUUAAAUAGCGAAAUCAGAUCUUUGAUCCCAUUUGCUGUUGUUGGCUCAGAAAAGGAAAUCACAAUCGAUGGUAAAGUUGUCAGAGGAAGAAGAACUAGAUGGGGUGCUAUCAACGUUGAAGAUGUGUCGCAGUGUGAGUUUGUCUACUUGAGAGACUUCUUGACCAGAACUCAUUUGCAAGAUUUAAUCGAAACCACCGCUGUCGUUCACUACGAAGCUUUCAGAUCCAAACAAUUGAUCGCUUUGAAAGAAGGUACUAGAACUACUAGUAAAUCCAAGGCAGAUGAAAAAUAA